CCUUGCGCCAGUAAUAUCCGAGCAGGCUGCGAUCCCAAAUACGCUGCGCGGAGGUUCAGGGACCGAAAGGCACAUAAUUGUCCAGUUCCAGUCAUUGGUGCUCAGCUGUUUCAUUUUUUUUAACAUUAUUUCCUGGAUUUCAUGGCCCGUCUGCGUGAUUUCACGCCGUGAAAUUAUUGCUGUCAGUAGUAUUGUUUUGGUGAUGUCAUCCGCACCACCAAAGCCUGUAGCGACCUUCAAUUCUACCGAGGCUUGAAUAUACAGAUUUUAUUUAUUUAUAUAUUUUUUAAAUUUUUUUUUUUUUAAAUUAAAUAUUGAGCAACGAUGAUGAAACCUUUGCUGCGCUGCAUCCUUCUGUUUUCAGCCAUAACUCUGACAGCCAGCGUACAUUAUCUCCCGGACCUCGACAAAGCGUCCGGACGGGCGCUUUUUGCUAAAGAUUCGAACCGAGCCAAGAGGUCCGCGGUGGCCGCUUGGCCCCAUGGCAUGAAGAAGAGGAGCGACCCGACGGACGCCUCCUGCGGGACUCUUCAAGGAUACGAAGCCAAGUUGGACAAUAACACGCACCGUCAUACUUUCAAUGACUUGAGUGGAUCAGUGUCACUGGCCUGGGUUGGAGAUGGUACAGGGGUCAUUCUAGCUUUGACCACGUUUCGGGUUCCUUUCUUCAUGAUCAAACUUGGACAGUCUAAACUCUAUCGAAGCGAGAACUAUGGCAAGUCCUUCCUGGAUGUCACCGACCUCAUCAACAACACUUUCAUCCAAUCGGAGUUUGGCAUCGCCAUCGGCCCUGAAAAUUCCGGCAAAGUGAUCUUGACAGGUGAGGUGUCCGGUAUUCACCGCUCACGCAUCUUUGUCUCGAGUGACUUUGGAAAGAGUUUCAACCGCCGGGAGCUGCCGUUCAACCCGCUCUCGGUACUCACGUACAAUCCCGAGAAUUCCAAUGUGCUGCUGGGCCUCAGUAACAAAAAUGAGCUGUGGCUGACACAGGAUUUUGGCCUCAAUUGGAAAAAGAUCCAUGACAUGGUGUGUAUGGUGAAAUGGGGGAUAAAGAAUGCCAUCUUUUUUUCAACCAAUCCCAAUGGAUCCUGUAGUGACCGCGGAGAGCUGGAAAUCAGGAGAACCAUGGAUUUCGGGAAAACAAUCAAGACCGUUGCUACCAAGAUAUACUCCUUUGGUCUCGGGGGUCGCUUCCUGUAUGCUUCUGUGAUGACGGGCAAGGGCACUCUGAGGAUGAUCCAUGUAUCAGUAGAUCAGGGUGAAACUUGGAACAUGGCCCAGUUGCCCAUCAUUGGUCAUGGGCAGUUCUACUCUAUCUUGGCAGCGAGCAAUGAGAUGGUCUUCAUGCACGUCGAGGAACCGGGAGAUACUGGCGUUGGGACGAUUUAUGUAUCAGAUGACCGGGGAACCAUCUUCUCUAAGUCACUGGAGCGCCACCUUUACACCACCACAGGGGGCGAAACUGACUUCACUAACAUCACAUCCCUGCGAGGAGUUUUCAUCACGAGCGUCCUCGAUGACGAUAACUCUGUCAUGUCUGUGGUGACCCGUGACAUGGGAGGGGAGUGGUCUAGCUUGCAGAAGCCUGCCAACAGUAAGUGUGACUCGACAGCCAAGGACCCGGAACAGUGCAGUCUUCACAUCCAUGCGUCAUACAGUACCGCAAUGAGGCUCAACGUCCCCAUGCUCCCCCUAAGUGAACCAAACGCUGUGGGCUUAAUAUUAGCUCAUGGGAGUGUCGGUGACAGCAUCUCGGUGAUGACACCUGACGUCUACGUGUCCGACGAUGGAGGGUACACAUGGAUAAAGGCUCUGGACGGCCCGCAUCAUUACGCCAUUUUGGACUCUGGAGGACUGCUUGUGGCUGUUGAGCACACCCCGGAUGAACCGAUUGACAAGAUCAAAUUCUCUACAGACGAAGGACAGUGCUGGCACGUGUACAAGUUCACUGAGGAGCCCAUCUUCUUUACGGGUCUGGCGUCAGAACCGGGUGCCCGCUCCAUGAAUGUCAGCAUCUGGGGCUACAGAAACGACAUCCUUACCCAGCACUGGAUAUCCACCACCAUUGACUUCCGGGAUCUUCUCACCAGAGACUGCACGGAUGGCGAUUAUGUAAAUUGGUUGGCGCACUCUGAUGACAUCAGCAACCCCAACGACGGUUGCAUCCUGGGCUACAAGGAAAUGUUCCAGCGUCUCCGCAAAGAUUCUGUUUGCUGGAACGGCCGAGAUUACUUGGUCAGCACGCAGCCUACGCCUUGCCCGUGCACUUUGGACGACUUCCUUUGCGACUUUGGCUAUUACCGCAAAGAAAAUCGCUCUGAGUGUGACGAGGAGCCAGACCUGAAAGGCAAAGUGCUGGAGUUCUGUCUGCACGGCCGAGAGGAACAACUACGAACCCACGGCUACAGGAAAAUCCCAGGAGAUAGAUGUGAGGGAGGUACGAUUCCCGAACGCAAAGAGGUUGACCUGAGUAUGAGGUGCGUAAGUGAUCUUCUGGGCGCACAGAUACAGACAGAAGGCCGCUCCUCAAGAUCUGUCGCCAUUGUGACAACAGUCAUCGUCGUCAUCCUCCUGAGCGUCGCUGCCGGGGUUGUCUUUGUCAAGAAAUAUGUCUGCGGUGGCAGGUUCUUGGUCCACAGGUACUCUGUGCUGCAGCAACACGCCAACGACAACGGGGUGGAGGGCGUGGACGACCCGCUGGACGACCCGCUGGACAGCAACCACGGCGCCAAUGGCAAGAUUGACUUUCACGACGACUCUGACGAGGACCUGUUGCAGUAGCAAGGGGAAGGCUGUCAAUCGCCAUCACACGACUUCCUUAUUUGGCGCCAACUUUUAUCUGGUGUAACUCUGCUGUCCUCCUCCCAAGUCUGAUUGUACACGCUCACAAGUGAAGAGAAAUUGCUCCGGAAGCUAAUGUGUAAGACUCACACUUCAGUUUGAUAGCGACGAAAUGUACUUAGUGUACUUUCCAUUCAUGUUAAACACUUCCACAAUGUGAUAUCACUCCAAAUGCUGUCCAUGAUAAAUGAACGGAAAACUUGUCAACCCAACUGUUUCCAAGUUGGACCACAAACCCUAAAAAUCUCCCAUUGGCACAACUUAAGUUUAUUUUCUAUAGAGCUUGUCGUCAUUAGGGUUGUGUUAGGUCUGCUUCACUUUGUACGAUGCGGUCAAACUUGAUGGGCCCCGACCGUCGCAUUAAAAUGAGAGUUUCCAACUGACCCCCGGCACGUUGACCAGUUACAUAUUUAUAAACCCUGAACAGUAAGUCCAUACAGGGGUUUGUAUCUAAUAGUUUAUCAAAUGUAUCAAACCAGAAAAAGAUGAAUACCAUAAAUCCCGGCCUACAGAGCGCACCUGGUUAUAAGCCUCACCGAGUACAUUUGUAGAGGAAAUAACAUUUGGUACAUACAUACGCCAGAGCUGUGUAAAAGCUACAAGUGCCCACAUUGAAACCCACAUUCAAACACGAGAUAUUUACAAAGAAAGACGGUACACAGUGUUUAACGCUAGUGCUAAAGCUAGCACUAGUGCCGCGCUAAAGCUAACGCUAACAGACCCGGUUAAAAUAAAAACUUACCGGUAAAUAUCACUGAUAAAUGCCGGUAACACAGCAGCAACACGCUAGCACAUUGCUAAUGCUAGCGCAGGGUUGACAGGGCCAGUAAAAGUCACUUGCUCGGCACAGAUAUUCCACCGGUCUCAUUCUUACCUUUUUUGCUCGAGUGCCCCCUUGCGACCAUUAGAAAAAAAAAAUGCACAAAUUAGCCACAUCACUGCAUAAACCGCAGGGUUGAAAGCGUGUGGAAAAAAGUUGCGAUUUGUAGGCCGGAAAUUCUGGUAGUUUGGAAAGAAGCAGGUUGGUAAAAAGAGCAGAUGUGGGUGAGAAUGAAACUGAGGGUGUACAGUAGAUGUCGUAAGUCUCACUGGCCCCCCUUAGUUUGAAAGGUACCCAGCAAAGUACAGUCCACCAGAAAAUAUUCACACUCCUUUUGUUUUCCACAUUUUGCUACGUUACAGACUUGUUGUGGCGCCGGUUUGAGUAGUAGCCUUUCAAAAAAAUAUUUAAGAUAUCCCAUCAUGCCAAAGUCAACCCGCGUUUCCAGAAAUGUGUGUAAAUUAAAAAAAAUAUAUAUUUAAACAUGGGCGGCACAGCGGAUCGGCUGGUAAAAGCGUCGGCCUCACAGUUCUGAGGACCCGGGUUUAAUCCCGGCCCCGCCUGUGUUGAGUUUGCAUGUUCUUCCCGUGUUUGGGCGGGUUUUCUCCGGGCACUCCGGUUUCCUCCCAGGUCCCAAAAACAUGCAACAUUAAUUGGACACUAAAUUGCCCCUCGGUGUGGUUGUGAGUGCGGCUGUUUGUCUCAAUGUGCCCUGCAAUUGGCUGACAACCAGUUCAGGGUGUAACCUGCCUCCUGCCCUGUUGACAGCUGGGCUAGGCUCGAGCACUCCCCGUGACCCUUAUAAACAUAAUAGGUACAUGGCUAUUGACACCCUUUCCUAUGAUGCUCGGGCGCAUCUGAUUUCCGCUGCUCAUCCUUGAGAUUCUUCUCCACUGAAAAUUGACUGAACAUCAUCUGGAAUGGCACAUAACUCUCAAUUCAAUGUCUCAUAGUUGGUCAUGCACGUCUGAGUACAAACCAAGCAAUUGGAGUCUUAACAAUUGUCUGCAGACCCUCUGAAACCGGAUUGUGAAAGGAUGCAAAAGGAUUUCAGCAGCGUUGAAGGUCCCAAAAAGCACUGUGGUCUCAAUUAUUUUGAAAUGGAAAAAGUUUGGAACCACAGAGGAGUUUCUUUCGGCUUAUCCCGUUAGGGGUCCCCACAGCGUAACAUCUCAGAUCAACGCUCGUACUUGUUUGGCACAAUUUUUACACCGGGUGCCCUUCCUGAUGCAACCCAGAGGAGACCCUUCCUAAAUCUGGCUGGGGAAGAAGGAACUUGGUCAGAGAGAUAAACAAAAACCGAAUGGUCACUAAGGAAGAACUCUGGUGUUCUUUUGCGGUGAUAGAAUGUGAGCCAUUGCUAGCGCAAUUCACCAGUCAGGGCUUUAUAAUAGAGUGGCCAGACGGAAGCCAAUUACUACUAAAAAGGCACAUGGCAGCCCGCUUAAGAGUCUGGCAAAAGGCCUGCAGACACAAAAUUGCCUCAUCUGAUGAAACCAAAACAGAACUUUUCGGCUUGAAUUGCAAGCGUCAUAUCGUGAGAAGAAAAGACGUGGCCCAACACCUGCCCGACACUUUCCUGAGGCCUGAUGAUGGCACCAUUAUGCUUUGUGGCUGUUUCCCCGCCGCAAGAACUGGGCGACUAGUCCACAUGGACCGUUAGAUGACAGCAGCCAAAUAUAGAGAAAUUCUUUAAAAGAACUUGCUCUGGAACGCAUAGACUGGGGGGUGGGGGUGUCAGUUCAUCUUCCAAUACAAGAGUGACACAAAGCAUCAGCAAAAAUAGCAAACGAGUGGCUUCGGGAGCAGCCUGCGAAUAUCCUUGAGUGGCUCAGGCAAAGCCCGGACUUCCAUCAAACCUGCUAUCUCUGCAAAGAAAGAGUUCAAAAUGGCUGUCCACUGAUGUUGCCCAUCCACAACGGUGCGCAACUUUUUUUUUUUUUUUCUUUUUUGCACGUACCGCAAGCAAACAUUUUGGCCACCAGCUUCACUUUUUCUCAUCCUCGCGCACAUUUGAAAUUUAAAAUGUAGUUCAGUCUUGUUGUAUCACAAUACUCCUUUUGUAUACUGUACGUGUGUGGUUAAGGUGCAGCACUGCGGUCAUUUUGUGUCGCUUGGUUAAAACAGAAAUGUGUUUUUACUCCCCCUCGGUGAAAGCUUAAUGUGCCUUUGAAUUAUUUGUAAUGCGGGACGGUGUGUGGUGGCAGACUGAGCGCUACAGCAAUAAGGGUGACUGGUCACCUACCAAUGACGGGGCAAAUAUAGACCGACAAACCGUUUAACCUUUUGUAGUCCAGGAACAUUCAACGUCCAGGAUCCUUUGAGUUCCAAGAACCUUUGUGGUCCAAUGACAUUUUGGGGUUCAAGAGCCUUUCAGAUCAAAGAACCCUAACCGUAGAUGUCCAUGAAAUCUUCAAGGUCCAAAACCUUGACCAUGUGCAGUCCUUAGACAUCCUGGGGCCUUUGUUGUUCUGGGAACCUUCGGUGUUCUGGAGCCUUUGGAGGCUAGGAACCUUCGGAACUGUUUAGAAUCCAGGACGCUAGAAUCUCUUUUGCAGUACCUGUAGAGAUCCAGGCUGCUAUGCAGUCCAUCCAGCAGCCUUUGGAGUUGAAGAACCUUAGGAACUGUUUAGAAUCCAGGACGCUAGAAUCUCUUUUAGGUCCAGAAGGGAGAAGCCGUUGACUCUCUGAACUUUUGAUCUUUUGGAAUCUUAGCCAUAAAUCCCUUGGACAACUUUUGGAGCGUUCCAAAUUGAAGCCUGGCAGCAUUGUACUUUUCAGUUUUUACAGCACCAAACGAAAACUUGGAGUCAUCACGGGGCCUGUUCGUCCGUCAUGAUUUUAACAGCAUUGCACUCAAAACUUUAGGAAAAAAAAUGCUAUGCAGCUCAUUAGUGGAGAUCAAAGCAUUCAGUUUAGCGACCAUGAAUUUUGUGUAAUUUGUUACGAGAAUCAACACAGGAGCAAGUAAGUCAGGUUGACGCGUGUAAAUAUGUUUUUUCCUUUUAACUUUGAUGUACAUUUACACUGUAAAUACAAAUCUUACUACUGACACAAUUGGGCUUGACUGUGAAGUAUUUUCUUUCCGUCAUUUUAAAAUAACCUCCAGGUGUCUUCAUAAAAAGCGCUCUGAUGGUCAGAAUCAAGAAGGGCGGGGUUAUGUAAAUGAGUUGCACUGUGGCAUCACAAUCGGACAAAUUCAGAAUUGAGAAGGGCUCACUCGCGGACGCGUUUGGAAGCGGCUAACAUUAGUUUGACACCGGAUGGGAGGCCAGGCUCUCCAGACACUUAACUUUUGUAUAGAAAUGACAACACAUUACAAUAGUCCAUUUUACAUAACCUCCCCUUUUAUUAUUAUUAUUGUUAUUAUUCCCUGUCCUUGAGACAUUGCACUGCUUUCGUACCUUUUUUUUUUCUAUUUGUUCUGUUCAGAGUGCAGUAAAUGUGGUGUGGUGUGGAUUUUAUUUGACCAACGGCUGGCCUAAUAGCAGUGCCUAAAUCCAAAAGUCUCGGGUCAUCCUUGGCGGACAACCAAAACAAAGACAAUUUUUAUUUUUUAGAAAGCACAUUGGUCAUGUUUAUUUACGUUGUGACGGUAAAUUAAAAAGGACUUGGGCAUUAUGCUAUUAGACGAAAGAAAUACAUACGUGAAUCACAUUUUUCUUACCAUCCAAAAGAAAAAAGGUAAUUAAGGAUUAUUUGUAAAAAUACAAUCUUUAUAUCUGCCGUUUGUAUCGUUUACCAGCAAUUUUAUCUUUGGGUUUGCCAAUAAAUUUCUAUUGUUCCUCUA